UUCGUUUCGCUUUGACAACAUUUGCGAAAAUUUCUGGCGCUAAAGUCCGUCGCUCGUUGUGUACUUUUAAUUCCUUCGCGAUCUUCGUUGAACUAGAACCAGAAUCGCAGUCUCAAAACCCUAUUUCUUGGCCGACAAAAUCAACUCAGAGAUCUGAAGUUGAAGCCAUGGAUCCCAAGUUGCGAUCUUUGCCUCCUCUCAAAAGACUGAGAUUGUUGCAGAUAGAACAGGAAUGCGAGCAGCGAAGAGCUGAAUCGGUGAUCAAAUCGUCGCAGCUUCCGGCGAAGAAGAGGAAGGAAGCUCGGGGGGAGUACGACAACGGCGAAAAUUCAGGACCCACGUAUUUGUGCUUGCCGGCUAAGAAAAGGGUAUGGGCGAUUGGUCCCGAUUUGCUUUCUGGUAAUCCCCUUUCGCCUUUCGAUCUGAAUAUUGAGUACAAACCAUCAUUCGAGGAAAACCCAGUUGUGAAAAAUCGGAAUCUGAUGUUUGAAUCGAGCGUAGGGGCAGGAGAAAAAGGAAACGUCGAUCCUUUAGGGAAAGGGAGCGUUUUUGUUCACUCGGAUGAAAAACACGGUGAUAGAAAAGUGAACAAAGAGAAAGAAGAUGACGUUAAUGGUCAUUACAAGGAUGAGGAAGAUGAUGGGAUUAUGUGCGCUGUAUGCCAAAGCACAGAUGGUGAGCCAUCAGAUCCGAUUGUGUUCUGUGAUGGGUGUGAUCUGAUGGUUCAUGCUUCUUGCUAUGGAGAUCCACUCGUUAAGGGUAUACCAGAAGGUGACUGGUUUUGCAGAAGGUGUUUAGCGUCUGAAUCUUUUGGAAAUAGGGAUGAGACCUUCUCUUGCUUCUUAUGUACAACCAACGGAGGGGCACUGAAGCCAACAAAGGACGGCCGGUGGGCCCACAUCGUGUGCUCGUUGUUCGUGCCAGAGGUUUACUUUGAGGAUCCUGAAGGAAGAGAAGGGAUCUGUUGCAGCGAGAUACCGAAAAGGAGAUGGAAGGAGACGUGUUAUGUGUGCAAGAUCAAGCGUGGAUGCGUUAUUGACUGUUCGGAGAUGAACUGUCAGUUGGCGUUUCACGUCACUUGCGGGUUGAAAGAAAAUCUCCAUAUAGAGUAUCGAGAGAGAAGGAAGGCAGGAGGAGGCAUUGUAGCUGGAUUCUGCAAAGAACACACUAAUCUGUGGGAAAGGCAACAAGAAACGGGGAAAUUCAAGAUUGUUGCCAGAGAAGCACACAGGAGGAAGUAGCAGAAUCUAAGAGGUUGAGGCAGCAUUCACAUUUGAUCUCUGAUUGUUUUCUUUAGACAAACACAUUUUACCUCUACUGAUCAAAUGGCUUAAGUGCAAUAAGGCUAAGAUUUAGUAAAGGCUCUUCUUGUGUUUUAUGAGCCAUAUGAUACUAAUGUAUUUUUGGAGUUUUCCAAUCCCAAAUCUUUGAUGGAGCUCUCCUGAAUUCCGAGAUU